CUGACAGAGGAAAAAAAAAAAAAAACACAAACAACCACAGAGAAGAGAAGCACAAAACCAAGAUGGCGGUGCAGGAGACAGCAUCUCAACUGUCCAUGGCUCUCAAAGUGCAAGAAUACCCGACCCUGAAGGUCCCCUAUGAGACUCUGAACAAACGCUUCAGGGCGGCCCAGAAGAACAUCGACCGGGAGACGAGUCACGUGACGAUGGUCGUCGCCGAGCUGGAGAAGACGCUGAGCAGCUUCCCGGUGGUCGACUCCGUGGUGUCACUGCUGGAUGGCGUGGUGGAGAAACUCAGCGCCCUGAAGAGGAAGGCUGCCGAGUCCAUCCAAGCAGAAGACGAGAGCGCCAAGCUGUGCAAGCGUCGCAUCGAGCACUUGAAGGAGCACAGCAGCGACCAGCCGGCCUCAGUCAACCUGUGGAAGAAGAAGCGUAUGGACCGCAUGAUGGUGGAGCAUCUGCUGCGCUGCGGCUACUACAACACAGCUGUUAAACUGGCCCGACAGAGCGGUAUAGAGGAUCUGGUGAACAUCGAGAUGUUCCUCACAGCUAAGGAGGUGGAGGAGUCUCUGGAGAGGCAGGAGACGGCCACUUGCUUAGCCUGGUGCCAUGACAACAAAUCCCGCCUUCGCAAGAUGAAGAGCUGUCUCGAGUUCAGUCUGAGAAUCCAGGAGUUCAUCGAGCUCAUCAGACAAAACAAACGCAUGGAUGCAGUCAGACAUGCAAGGAAGCACUUCAGCCAAGCAGAAGGUGGACAGUUGGACGAGGUUCGGCAGGUGAUGGGCAUGCUGGCCUUCCCAUCAGAUACACAUAUCUCCCCAUACAAGGAUCUUUUGGAUCCAGCCCGCUGGAAGAUGCUGAUCCAGCAGUUUCGAUAUGACAACUACAGACUACACCAACUGGGAAACAACUCUGUCUUCACUAUCACCCUACAGGCUGGUCUGUCUGCCAUCAAGACACCUCAGUGCUACAAGGAGGACGGUACCUCUAAGAACCCAGACUGCCCGGUGUGCAGUAAAUCCCUCAACAAGUUGGCCCAGCCACUACCCAUGGCCCACUGCGCCAACUCCAGACUAGUCUGUAAGAUCUCUGGGGAGGUCAUGAAUGAAAACAACCCUCCAAUGAUGCUUCCUAAUGGAUACGUCUAUGGGUACAAUUCUCUUCUGUCCAUCCGCCAAGAUGACAAAGUGGUGUGUCCCAGAACCAAAGAAGUCUUCAACUUCUCUCAGGCUGAGAAAGUCUACAUCAUGUGAUCACUCAGCUGAACCCGUCUGAGCGUUAACAUGAUUGAACACCGUCGUUCAUCACCUGUGACCUGGCCUAUUCAGAGAGCCACCUGUGGAGCUGUGAUCCAGUGCCCCCUUCUUCUUCUUCUUCUUCUUCCUUCCCCAACAGACACGCCCGACAUUUCUCACACCCCACCCACCCAUCGCCUCUUCUCCCAGUACAUCAUGAUUAGCUCAAGUUUGCUAGUUCCCUUCCACCCUCACAUUUUAUCACACAGAAACUGGACCCUCUCCUUUCAGACUCUCUUAGAUGUGGCUAGAAAACAAGAAGUUGAUCCAUUCAAGCACAUGGACUAUCAACAUUGUCAUUAUUUUACAGACCCUCACUCCCGAUUAGAGACUACAGAAAAGGACCGGGAGGGGUGAAACAAACUGCUAGGUAGAUUUGAUUUUACUACUACGAAUAAAAACUUGUUGAGGUUACUUUUUCCUUUUAGUAGUGGUGUUCCUUUGUUACUUAAAUAACACGUGGCGGUACUGUGUUAACUCGCUCCAUUAACCAGAUUAACACGUGAAAUUUUAACCUUUUUUUUAAAUCCAGAAACAAACGCGGUCACGUGGUAGCAUCUGGUUCUGUGAUGCAUGCUGCUGCUGACUCCUUUUGUCUUCUCGCCGUGUUUUUUUGGUGGGUUGCUGGAGGGGGGAUGGAUGUUAAAUUCCUCCUUCAAGCUGUCGACCUUUUUUUGCAUUUCAUCCCCCCUCUGACUGUGAAACUGGAGUCUGAUUUGGGCCACAGCAGGCUUCUUUUCAAGUGUAAAUAAUAGGUAGCAAUUGAUCGUCCUCAUGUAUAAAUUCAGGGUUUUUUUGGGGGGGGAUAAGUAACAACAACGAAGAUUAACCUUCUACCAAGAUUGCUGUGUGAACUGAACGAAUCCUUUGUUUCCCCCGUGUCCCCUCGUUUACUGACGAUUCAGUACAACUUCUCAUUUCUGAGGAAGAAGUUUCAAGAACUUGGUCGUGAAUUAUGGUGUACUUACUACCAUAAUGACAACUGCGCACAAAGAUGUUUUUUUCUUUUCUUUUUUAAUUAUUAAUAUUAAACGAUUUGUCUUCCUUUUUUGUGUGUGAGAUUUGCCAUUUUCAGUUCUCUUCUUCUUUUGCUCAGCUAAUAGAGAUUACACUUAAGUGAACUUACAUUUAUGUGUCUAAAAGAUUAAUUCCUGGGUGAUUUCAGUUCGUUUUAACAUUUGCGAAAUAGUUUUCAUUUCUCAAUUUUUGAGAAAGUGCUGACCUUUUUCUCAGUCUUGUAAAAGCUGCUUCCAGCACCGCAGUGGUUUUAACGUAGCAUAAAAGCACAGCAAUGAAACGUUUAAGUCCACACACACACAC